GUACCAAUAGGUGUUCAAGUACUGAUGCCGAUGCCAAAGCCAAGUGGCAUGGAGCUACGUAGCUGCGAAGUUCAUGACAAUGUAUCAUAGCGGCGGGAUGUGCGAUGGUGGAGCCAUAAUGAAGAGUUUCAUGAAGCCAGCUCAGUAUCGGAGCUAAGAAAUUGUGUUUAUCAUGCAUCGUAUGUCAUACCUGGAUGCAGACAGUAUGAAGCGUCCCUUUGUCUCUCUGCUGCCAUUUGACCACAGCAACUCAAACUUGCUUGUCUAACUACAUGUAGUAGCACUUACUGCGGCGGCAAAGCCCGCAAGACCCUAAAAUCCUUUGGCUACUCUUUGGAAGCACAGCAAAGGCAUCAGGUUAAGCUUAAGUGCUGGAUUCACCAAAGCGGCCCAUGCGCGUUGCGGUGUGACCUGCGCUAUGUUCUUUUAAAAAAACCUUUUCCCCAAAGCCACUUGAGCGAACAGCAAUCCGCCCACAAAUCACGAAUGUGUCGCCUUGGGCAAAACAUGCAGAGAAACUACUACCAGGUAGCAAGUUCCCACUAGACCAACCCCCUACUCGAUACCGUAGGAAGCAAUCGUCCGCCAGCAUCAGCGCUUCGAUUGAUUGACCGAGGAUUGGAAGAACGCGCAGGAUCAGGUGUUUGGAUUUUCCUGGACGAGCAUGAUUUUGUUGGCGAAAGAGAAGGCAGCAUGAACGAAAAUACAGUGCAAGCAAAGCGUCCCAGUGAGGAAGAUGGCGGCAGUAACAAUUCCGCCUCCAAAGCUACAAGAUCUGCAGUGGCAAAGGCAGGUCCUUCAAACGCAAGAGAAGAGGUUGUACGUAGUCCUCGGGGUGUGGAAGUUCCAGCCGUUGGUGGAACGCCAACAAAAAUUCCCACAGACGGCGAGAUGCAGACAGAAUUCGCAGCAGACGACACUAUGGCCGCCGCCGACACCGUUGGAAUCUACAAGUUCCCGAACUUCGUACGGGGGGUUCUCAGGGAGAGGAUCACCAAGCUGCAGAAUUUUCCCACAACCGACUUCAAUUACACGAAUGGGUUGACGCGCCGCUUGGAAGGUAUGCUACAGAAGGAUGAUUCUGACGAUCCCGACAUGGAUCGUCUUGCGGCCGAUCUGGCGAUUGUGGUGUCCCGUGUGGCCCAUGCACAAGACCGCCAUGAUAAUGAUUGGGUUGACCAAGACACGUUUCGCCAAGAGAAAUGGCUGGAGGAGCAGUGUUCAUUCCGCGCCGCCCUGCUGCGCCUGGACUCGGUGCAGAGUUUUAUGGCGGCUGUACAAUCCUCGCAUCCACGACCUUUGACAUGCAAGGAGAAACAGCAGCUUAUCGAAUGGCAUCAAAAAGCGCGUGAACCGAAUCCUCCGCUCCUUGAUGGCACCAAGAUGACAGAAUUCCUCAACGCCCAAACGAUUUACUUUCUUGCCGGUGGAACAGGCAAUUUGCGUUUGUGUGGCCUAUCGUCCUUUGAUGGCACACACGUCUACGUGGUUGAUGAGGACGCCGGAAGCACCAUUCCUCACGAGCUAGAGCAAAACCUCCGUCGCUACAUCGAAGUGGAUCCCCAUGAGCAGGCCCGGCUUGUGUCGCCCUCGAAGGACCCCACCUUGCGAAUCAAAAAUUCGCAAGGUGAAUCCCUGCAGUGCGAAGCGGGCUUCGUAAUGGAAAAGAAGAAUGGGCGCAAAGUGCCCGAUGACUUGAUUGGUCCUUUUUCCGCUCGUUGGAAUCGGCGCUUUCUCAAGUAAUGUGGACGGACUGUUUUGCAGACUCGACUCGGAAAAUGGAAUGCACCUUGAAUUGUCGUUGUCUGAACAUUUGGGGAGGGGUUAGGCGGCGCUUCACCUUGUUGGGGGGU